AUGUCUUCAACUCUCGGCACCUACAACCCUUCCAUUCUCGCCAUUCCGGCUUUCUACAUCCUCUCUGUCUUCCCGCACAGCUACGCCCUAUACGCCGCAACGCAAGGCAAGCUCAGCAACUGGGAUAACCGCAACCCGCGCUCUACCGACAUGAAGGCUAAGCUUAAGGACCGCCUCGACGCCGAGACCUACGCCAAGUACGAGCGCGCUGAGGCAUGCCACGCCAAUGGGAUGGAGAAUCUUCCGCUGUUUGCUACGGCCGUGGUCUUGGGAAAUAUGGCGGGCUUGAAACUCGCAUACACGGCUGUCUACCUCACGCACACGACGCAAGGACCGACUGCGAUCAGGAGUGGACUUUGGGUUGUUGGCGUGGGAAUGUGCUUCCGCAUCAUCCUCAAGGCUGCGAAGGUGCUCGGUGCUGGCAGGGUGGGCUUCUAG